GACCUGUCUUCCCUUUAUGACUAACUAUGUGUUUCACUGCAACGUGUGUCAUCACAGCGGCAACACAUACUUCCUCAGGAAACAAGCAAACCUGAAGGAGAUGUGUCUCACAGCUCUGGCCAACCUCACAUGGCGGUCCAGAACACAAGACGAGCACCCAAAGACAAUGUUCUCCAAAGACAAGGAUAUCAUACCGUUCAUCGACAAGUACUGGGAGUGCAUGACGACUCGUCAGAGGCCGGGGAAGCUCACCUGGCCCAACAACAUAGUGAAGACAAUGAGUAAAGAGCGAGAUGUUUUCCUGGUGAAGGAACACCCCGACCCUGGCAGUAAAGACCUUGAGGAGGAGUACCCCAAAUUUGGCCUGUUGGACCAGGACCUGGGGACCAUCGGACCCUCGUAUGACGCACAGAAACAGACCACGGCUGCUCCCACUGCGGGGGGGCUCAACGGUGGAUCUGCUUUCUCAGGUGCUUUGGCCCCUGGCCCGGGAAAAGGACGAGGGGCCAAACGUAAACAACAGCAGCAACAGGAGGGCGCUGCUGCAGGAGCCACCAAGAGAACCCGAAGCGACCCCCUGUUCUCGGCCCAGCGGCUGCCUCCUCACGGUUACCCACUAGAGCACCCCUUUAAUAAAGACGGGUACCGUUACAUCCUGGCAGAACCGGACCCUCACGCUCCAGACCCGGAGAAGCUCGAGCUGGACUGCUGGGCCGGCAAACCCAUACCUGGAGAUCUGUACAGGGCCUGUCUGUACGAGAAGGUGCUGCUGGCCUUACAUGACAGAGCGCCUCAGCUGAAGAUCUCUGACGACCGUCUGACGGUGACCGGGGAGAAGGGCUACUCCAUGGUGCGAGCCUCGCAUGGUGUACGGAAGGGCGCCUGGUACUUUGAGGUUACUGUUGAAGAAAUGCCUUCAGAGACUGCGGCCCGGCUCGGCUGGUCCCAACCGCUCGGCAACCUGCAGGCCCCUCUGGGCUACGACAAGUUCAGCUACUCGUGGCGCAGCAAGAAGGGCACGAAGUUUCACCAGUCGUUAGGAAAGCAUUAUUCCUCGGGCUACGGCCAGGGAGACACACUGGGCUUCUUCAUAGAGCUGCCCGACACCACAGAGACCUCCAAGGCUCUGCCUGAUACAUACAAGGACAAGGCGCUAAUCAAGUUCAAGAGCUACCUGUACUUCGAGGAGAAGGACUAUGUAGACAAAGCAGAGAAGAGCCUCAAGUCGAUGACCCCCAGCAGGAUGAUAUUCUUUAAGAACGGAGUGAGCCAAGGUGUUGCCUUUGAGAACCUGUUUGAAGGCCUCUAUUUCCCCGCCAUCUCACUCUACAAGAGCUGCACGGUGUCCGUCAAUUUCGGUCCACAUUUCAAACACCCUCCGAAGGACCUCAAGUACCAGCCGAUGAGUGACAUGGGCUGGGGAGCUGUGAUCGAACACACAUUGGCCGACAUGCUGUACCACGUGGAGACGGACGUGGACGGGCGACGCAGCCCUCCGUGGGAGGGUUGAACGCGGCUUUGAAUCCAGCGCGCACACACCUCCAGUGAAACCAUCGCUCCACCCUCAGAGCGUAAAAUGAAAGCACCACUCGUGGCUGUAACCUGAUUGAAACUUUAAAUUUGUCCUAAAAAUGAAACUAAAUCCACUUCUUUUUGGUGCUCUGCUUUAAAAUAUUUAUAUUUUGAAGUUAUUGUUACGCUGUAGAGAGAGCUCACUGGGUGUCCUGUUGAACCUGUGGGGCAUAUCGUGGCAGAUCAACGGACCCACUUCAACACGUCACUCAGUCUGUAGACAAGAGUCCGUCUGAAGUCUUUAGUGUAUUCAGUCUUUUUGCUAAUUUUAUUUGUUUUACAAUGUGUGUCAGUUAUUUACUGUUUUAUACUCUGGGUUAAAUAAAAAAAUUCUACAUGUA